GUCUGUCACUUAUAUACUCUAUUACUUUCUUUUCUUAUAACACUAGUUUGUAUGUCAAACCCACAUUGUGAAUGCUAGAUUUGGAAAACCUUUCAGUUUCAGCUUGUGCCCAUAAACUGUUCGAUGAAAUGCUCAACUGAUCUUAACUUGAGUUUUGACUACGAGAGAGAGAGAGAUCAUGGUUGUUAGAAUUGUAUGAUUCAUGAUUCGAUUCGAGUUUUGACUAUGACGAUUUGAACUGUGCUGUUGAAUCGAAAAUUGAGUGAAUCGGGUUAUUCAAUUUACAAUUCACUACGGGAUAAUUUUGUAAUGGAUGUGGCACACUGUUAUCUAGAUGGCAAUGUUGAUGCCGUGGAGUUCUGUCCUCAUGACUCGUUCCACCGUAUCCUUUCUGCCUCGACUUAUACGCUGCAAGAGGGUGAUCAGCCCAGAAGAUCAGGAAGCAUAUCGCUCUUCAAUGUAGAUGCUGAUGCUGGACGGCUUGAACUGUUUCACCGUGUGGAGACAGCGGGAAUUUUUGAUAUAAAAUGGAGCCCGGUUGGAGCCAUUGUUGGUCCGUUGCUUGCUCAAGCCGAUGCAGAUGGUUACUUGAGGCUUCAUCACCUAGAAUGCCGUUCGGAUGGAUCAGCAGCUGGAGAACAAUCUGAUGCUCUCCUUGAUGCGGGGAAUUUUCUGAAAGAGGUUACUAGCAAACAAGUUAGUUCCUCCAUGUGCCUGUGCACGGACUGGAAUCCCUCAGCUACGUCCAUCUCAGUGGGGCUUUCAGAUGGUUCAGUAUCAAUAAUCUCUCUUCUAGACUCCAAACUAGAAAUACAACAAGAAUGGAAGGCGCACGAAUUUGAGCUUUGGGCUACUUCUUUUGAUACACACCAACCUCAACUGCUAUACACCGGUUCAGAUGACUGUAAAUUCAGUUGUUGGGAUUUACGGGAUUGUCCUUCAAACUUGGCAUUCCAAAAUUCUAAAAUCCAUAAGAUGGGUAUUUGUUGCAUUACAAAGAGCCCGAGUGACCCUCAUACCUUAUUUACUGGCAGUUACGAUGAAUACCUAAGGGUGUGGGAUGUGAGGUCAAUUUCAAAGCCAGUAAAUGAAACAUCGAUUUGUUUAGGAGGAGGAGUUUGGAGAAUUAAGCACCAUCCCUCUCUGCCAGACCUGGUAUUGGCGGCAUGUAUGCAUAAUGGUUUUGCAAUUGUCAAGAUUGAAGGAGAAAAAGCUGAGGUGAUUGAAACUUACUGUAAACAUGAAUCACUUGCGUAUGGAGCGGAUUGGCAGAGAGGGGAGAUAUGUCAGAAGUGGCAAAAAGGAGAGCGGUGGUGGUAAGCUACUUGCUUCGUUUUUAUGACCAGCUUGUUCGUAUAUGGAUGCCAAAAAGUGAUAUAGUUGCGUAAACUGGCACAUUUGAACUGAUUUCCUUGUCCCAAAAACAUGUAUUUGUACUGAUCGGGUAUGUAUUUGCCAUUAGUCUUUGUGACUUGUGUUCUCUUGAUGUUGAUGCAGUGUGGAAGAAGGCUCUUGCUGCUGUUUGUUUUGUUAGAAACAUUUUUUUUAUUGGAAAAAAUAAAAACAUUUAUGUCUUAUUGCUCUA